GCCGUCUCUCUCUCUCUCUCUCUCGGAAAGUUCGGAUCUUUUUCUCCUUUUAUCUCUCCUUGGUUGAAUUCUUCAUGAACGGGGGAAACAUGAAAAGGGUUACGGAGAAUCCUCAUGAAUUCAUCCCGGCUAGUGCUGAAGUUGGGGCGAAGCUUAGACAUGAGUAUCUCUUGCAAGACUAUCAGGAUUUGCAGAAGGAAUUUGUUCCCGAGAAGAAGAAGUUGCAAGAAGAAAAGGAGAAGAAGCAAACCCUUUUGGACGAAGUUCAUUUCCUGAGAGCAAGGUAUCAGUACUUGAUGGAGCUACAAUCUCGUGGUACUCGAGCAAAGGAAGCUCUUGGUGUGGCAAAUACUGGCAUUGAGGAGUGGAACAAUAGUGCUGCGAAAGCUGUUUCUGAGCAUUCACUUCCCGUGCUUGAACGAGAAAUUGAAAAGGACAAGUUGGCAGAGGGCAUGGAAGAGGCUGAUCGAUGGCGACCGAGAGAACAACUCAAGUAUAAGAGCACCUCGAAGAGUAACAAAAAGGUCGACAAGAAGGUUUCGUGGCAAGAUCUAGAGGCUAAAACUCGCUAUCUUGUUCUUGGUGGGAAGGGCCAGAUCGAGCGAACACAGAUGAGUGUGACUGAGAAUCACCGCGAGUACUCUAAUGUUCCUCCUAAUGGUUCUAAUGCUGAAUGCCUCACGUGUCAAGCUGAAAAGAGCAAGAACACGAAGCAGCUUUGGUCAAUCCAGAAAUGGAAGAUGCUGAGCGUCACGAAGGUCUCGAUGAUACAAAGGGAGGAGAGAAUACUCCGCAUAGCGCAACUGGACCAUGCCAUGUGA